AUGCCUGAUCAAAUCAAACACGGCCCGAACAAACACGACAACAGCGAAGACUGGCGCUCGGCGAUGUUCGCCACGCCCGACGUCGACUUACGCGCCUCGCCAGACGGUAGCCUCUACCUCACUUCACGCCGCAUUUUGAGUGCGCGCGUACGCACGGUCGUCGACUGGCUGGAGCAGUGGGCGCAUGACACGCCAGCCGCUGUAUUUAUUUCCGAGGCGAUGUCGAGCGGACAGCGUCAGGGCCUGUCGUACGCCAAAGCGUGGCAUGACUCAGGGCGACUUGGCGCGGGGCUGCUUGCAAUAGGGCUGAAGCCCGGAGAUCGGCUUGCUGUAUUUGCACCUAACGGUAUCCGCCAUAUGCGCAUCGCACUGGGUGCGCUGCGUGCUGGAAUUAUCUAUGUGCCCAUUGCAGCCCAGUAUGCCGCGCUGGGUGGGGACAAGGAGAAGCUUGCCAGUGUGCUAGAGAAGCUUAAGCCAGCAGCCGUUUACUGCGACAGCUUUGCCGAUGCCCCUUUGGCGGCGAGGGCGGCACGGCUGGUAAUCGAGGGCGAUGCCGGUUUGGCGCAGCUGUUCGAAGCUGCCGAUGGUGUCGACGAUCCAGACAUCGCCUGGCUUGACCCGUCUGCGCCAGCAAAAUUGUUGCUCACCUCAGGCUCCACUGGCCAGCCCAAGCCGGUUCCCUAUAGCCACGCCAUGAUGACGGACAAUCUUCUGGCAACCCUGGACGUCUGGCCAUUUGUGCUCCGCCGCAAGCCCGUUUUAGUGGACUGGCUGCCUUGGAAUCACGCGUUUGGCGGCAAUAACAAUGUCCACAUUGUCCUGUCGCAGGGCGGCACUCUGCAUAUUGAUGAGUCCAGGGGCAAGCCGGAGCGUUUCGACCUCCAUGUGCAGAACCUUCGCAGGUUACAGCCCACCUUUCACGGCGCUGUGCCGUCGGGUUGGGCAGCCUUGUUACCGGUGAUGGAGGCUGAUGACGAGUUUCGCCAGGCGUUCUUCGGCAAUCUCGAUGCAAUGUUCUCUGCCGGUGCGGCAAUGGCGCCGGACAUUUUCACGCGCUUGUGCCGCAACUCAGCAGCCGUGCGCGGUUUACCGGUGCCCAUUCUGACCGGAUGGGGUGCGACCGAAACAGGCCCCGGCGCCACGCUUGUACAUGCGCCAAAUGCUGAGCCCGGCUGGAUUGGAACGCCCUUGCCGGGCGCCGAGAUUCGCCUAAGCCCCAGUGGGGAUAAGUUUGAGCUGAGUGUGCGCGGGCCAAGCGUCAUGCGCGGUUAUUGGGGCGCUAGCGCCAGCGCAGCAGUCGAUGAAGAAGGUUUUUAUCGGACGGGCGAUGCAGGCCGUUUGGUUGACCCCGAACGCCCAGAGCUCGGUCUGCGUUUCGAGGGUCGGCUAGCUGAAGACUUCAAGCUUGAAAACGGGAGCUGGGUGAAUGCCAGCGGCCUUCGGCAUGAGCUGCUUAGGCGCGCCGAUGGUGCCUUGCACGAUGUGGUGAUUCUUGGCGCCGAUCAGGCGUAUAUCGCCGCGCUGUGCUGGGUCGCGCGACCCAUCAGGCUGGACGAUCUGUUCGCGCAGCACAAUGCCGAACACGCCAGUCCCACCAAGCGUAUCGAACGCUUCGCCAUUCUCUCUCCACCGCCCUCGACUUCUGAGUUGACACCGAAAGGUGAACUGGAUCGAAACGCGUUGCGUAAAAACCGGCCAUUUGAAAUCGAGGCGUUAUUCAACGCCAAGGGGGCAAGCAUGAUCGAGGUUGAUCAAGGUAAGGACCUCGCCGAACACGUAGGCGCGGAGCUGGGCGUCAGCGAUUGGGUACUCGUGGAUCGGGAGUUGAUCGCCAGCUUCGGGCGGACUACCGGUGAUACCCAUUGGGUUCACAUGGAUGAGGAGCGCGCUCGACGCGAAACGCCUUUUGGCGGGGUGAUUGCGCAUGGCUUUUUGGUGUUGUCGCUGGUGACGGGGCUCUCUACACAGUGUUUCCGGGUGAAGAGGGCAGAGCGCUGGCUUAACUACGGGCUGGACCGAGUCCGGUUUCCCGCGACCGUCGCCGCCGACGCCCGCGUACGUUUGCGACUGACACUGGUUGAUAUCGGUCAGCAGGCUGGCGGUACGCGUUUGCAGCUUGGCUGCGUCAUUGAAAUUGAAGGUGGCACGCGCCCGGCAGCGGUGUGUGAUUGGCUCUGCAUUGUGUUCGAUGGAGAUGAAAAA